AUGGUGACGACCCCUUGCACCUGGGUGUCAGGUGAGAUCAGACAGGUUCAGGUGUCAGGCGUGUUAUCUGGGAAAACACCAGUGUAGUCUACAGCUUAAUACAGUAACAGGGUUACUAUUUACCAUAAAGGUACGGCUACUGCUUACAUUAGGUUUCUGGUAGUUAGACUGUGACUGUGUCCCAAAUGGCACCCUGUUCCCUUUAUAGUGCCCUACUUUUGACCAGAGCCCUGCUCAAAUGCAGUGCACUAUAUAGGGAAUAGAGUGCCAUUUGGGACACAGACUAUGUGUUACUUCCUGAGUUGCCAUGAGUAGAUUGGAAAAAACAGAGAAAUAUCAGUUUUUGGUUUCUCAAGUUGGCCAAAUGUCCAGGUGAUUUUUGUGACCUUGGUUCUGUGAAGGAGGGAACAAGACAUCACCAUAUGGGAAAUUGGUUGCACGCUUCGGUGGCAUAUUGUUCCCAUAUGGUGACGCCAAGUAAUCGACUGAAAGAAAGCUAUAUUUAUCUAUGGCUGUGGUAGUAAGGACUAUACUGUAGUAUGUCGUCAUUGUCUAAGGUUUGAGAUUAAAGCUGAAAGCAACAAGGAACCCCAGAUAGAUAUUAAGCACUCUAAGUACACAUAGGGAUUACAGAGAAAUGCAUCAGGGAUUUAAACAUAUUCAUAAAUCAUUACUAAAAAGUGGUUCAUUUAUUUAUAGUUAAUGUCGAGUGACAUUCAUCCACUGAAAGUGCACAAUGCAUCCUCUGAAAAUGUGUUAAUAUUCUGAAUUAGUUAGUAUAUGUACUACAUAUACAGUUCUCUACAGAGUAAACCUUCCCGCCCGCAAGCUAUUUUCAUUUCCAUUUCCUCCCCCUCAAGUUCAGUAUUUGUAAGUGUAUUAUUUCAGUGUAUUAUUUCGGUGUAUUAUUUCAGUGUAUUAUUUCUAUCAUUGAUGUGUUAUUGUUUGUCUGUACAGUGUCUUAUCUGACGGUUCUUCCGAUGAUGAAUGUGGGAGCAGUCUAACCAGACAGUAAGUCAGUGAGGUAAACAGAGAGAGAGAUUAGGUUUUGAUUUAGACUAGACGAAAUCUACAGUACUCGGUCUGUCUCACUAGGAAUAAUGUGCUGUGUGUGUGUGUGCAUGCGUGCAUGUGUGCGCGUCCGUACGUGUUCAUUCUCAUCAACGACAGGGCAAUAUUUGAAAAAGGCUUUCAGAGGAGAGGAAGGAAGAGUUUUGUUGUCCUCCAUCCUCUCGUCUUGUCUAUGUUGCUGUCUCUGUGUUGUGCCCAGUGUUUUACGCCAAGGGGAAAAUUACUCUCUGACCUGAAUCAUCCCAAACAACUGCCUCUCUCUUCAUUUCUCUCCUUUUCUCCCUCAUGCUCUCUCUCUCUCUUGUUCCGUCUUUCUCUCUCCCUUUCUUCCUCGUUCUGUCUCUCUCACUUUCUUUCUCUCUGCCUCUCUCCCUCCAGGCUCAACAAUACGCUGUCUUGUGUUUACAUGUAGUCUGGCCAAAAAACAAACCCAAGCCUAGCAGCAGUCUCUCUUUCCUUCUAUCUGUAUUACACCGCCUCUCCUGCCCUCAGACCAGGAACUUGUGAUUGACUUAUUGACAAUGUGAUAUGCAAUUCAAGUCAGAAACAGCAACAAUUGUUCAAUGUAUUACGCAACUAGUAGUAAUUGUAUUUACAGAUCACUAUAUCUCUGCUACAAUGUAUACAACACUGGCUUUUGUAAAGACUUGAGAAGAUUGCAUGGAUAGCCUAUUCUGAAGGUGAUAGCUUCUGAAAGGAAAUGCCUGCAGCACAGUUUUGUAGUUGCAGUAGCAGGACACAAUCCUUGAAGGCAGCAGCAGGCAGGUGUGUUCUCCUUUAAACAUGCAGGCUAGAUAAUUGAAGUGGGAGCCUCAGUCUUGCCUAGGCGAGGUGUUGGAGGAGGGCACAUGCAGUACCGGGUCUGUCCUCUAGGAACAGGGCUGUUUAAAAGGCACCAUUUCUGAAGUCAGAACAACUGGGCAUGUUUUCAUAGUCUGCCACCGUAACGGCCCUCAUGUACAGAGAGACUCCUCUCUCUCUUCCUGUCCUUCUCUCCCUCUCUGUCUCCAUCCUUCCCUCUCUCCACCUCUCUGUCUCUCUCUAUCCUUCUCUCCUCUGCCCUUUACCUGUCUCAACUUACUCCAUCUGUCUUGCAGCAAGCCCCAUACAGGAAGAUACUUCAUUUCAGCAGAAUGAUAUUAAACCAUAUAAGAGAAAUAUGACUGCUAUGAUUUAUGUCUACCAUUAGCAGGUAGCAGGUUACCAUUGUGCUCUCCAUAGGAAGUCUGCUAGCAUGGAGACCUCGACUGAGGGUCAUAUGUAUUGGGUUUUUAUGAUGCAUGCGUUCGAGUAUGAGGAGAACAUUAUGGGAUAGCUGAUAUGGUGACUCAUAGAUAUAUUACCGUGGCGACUGGAUUAGAUUGAUCGGCCUCUCUGUCCUGUCUUCUCAUGGGAGGUGAUGUCAUAGCCUACUUCUCAUGUUUAUUUGGGUCAUUGUGUAAUUCCUUUUGUGCCUCUAACAUGAUUCAAGACUUGCAGGGUAUGAAGGGAUCAUAAUUAUGUCAUGUUUUAACCGUCAAAUAUGAUAGAUUAUACAGUUGGCUUCCUGUUUGUGUCAAUGAUUUGUGGAGUCCAUCAAUAAUCUCUUUGUGGGUUGUGCGUUUGAUUCCCAUCCAGGACAUACAGUACACGUUUCACCGUUAAUGUCGUAGACUCUACACUUCUAUAAGUUUUGGAUAAGAGGUUUGAAUAUAACACAAACUUACAUCCAUCCUGUUUCUCUUCUACCUCCAGCGAGAGAAGAGAAUGUGGCAACGUUCCGUGGUUCGGAGUACUUCUGCUACGACCUGUCCCAGAACCCCAUCCAGUCCUCCAGCGAUGAGAUCACGCUGUCCUUCAAGACGUGGCAGAGGAAUGGUCUCUUACUCCACACGGGGAAGUCUGCCGACUACGUCAACCUGGCCCUAAAGGACGGGGCGGUGAGCCUGGUCAUCAACCUGGGCUCGGGGGCCUUCGAGGCCAUCGUGGAGCCCGUCAACGGGAAGUUCAACGACAACGGCUGGCACGACAUCAAGGUCACACGCAACCUCAGACAGGUAACCAUGGAGACUGAGGUGACGUAGGUUCAAGACUGAUAUUGAUUAGUAGCAAUAGAUCAAUUGAUUGAUAGUAAUGUCUUGGCUUUAUUUGUCCAUUAAUGCUUUUCCAAGUAUUCUAUGUGCUGAACAUAGUUGAUAGUCGUUACGGAUGUUGCAUCGGUAAUCACACUUCUAUUAUGAAUUAUAAUAUUGAGUAAUCGUUUAGGUUAGAUGUUGUAAGAUUAAUGUUUUCCCUCUCUUUGAAUUUAUGUAUUAUAAUGGGUUGGUUUAUUUCUACAGCACCUUUUCCAAGUGCCCUAAUAAGCAAUUUAGAUAGUUGUCGACAAUGUUGUGUUGAUACAUAUUAUGAGAGAGGCAUUAUGACUUAAUGUAGUAUUGAGUUAUCAUCAGUACAGUUAAAUAGUGUUUCCCCUCUAUUUGACUUCCUAGCAGCCAGUGACUAUGUGAAUAAAAGAAGCCCAGAUGACAUAGUGAUUGAUAGCUUAGUGGUGGAGCUGACACGGUGGCUCUGUGUUUCUGUCACUUCCUUAUCUUCCUGUUGAACUUGAAGACUUCCCUAUUUCCUUCAUUGAAACUUAUCUGAUACUUCUCUGCUUUUAUUCUCCACUAAGCGGACCCUUCUAUCAGAGGCUGGGUCACGUUGCCUUCAGAAACUAUCUUUCCUUUACAAACCACUGUAGGAUUAUCUUCUCCUCUGUAAAUAUACAGAAACUACAAGGCAGAGUUUAAGACAUCCUACUCUGAACAAUUGCAGGGACUUUGUGUGACUGACAGUAGCCUACAGAUGACAAAUUGGAAAUAAGUUUCAGAUCAGUGGAGCAUCUUCUUCAAAUAGUAUAAAUAUAUGUUCAAAUGGCCACUGAUAGGAUCUCAAUUGUCACUUUGUCCUUUAUGUUGCUCCUCAACUUAGAUUGUUUACAAUACUUCUGUUCAUAAGGAUGGUAUACACUAAUACUGGUAUCGGAUACUUAAGCAAUAAGGCCAGAGGAGGUGUGGUAUAUGGCCAAUAUAUCACGGCUAAGGGCUGUUCUUAGGUACAACGCAACGCAGAGUGCAUGGACACAGCCCUUAGCCGUGGUAUUUUGGACAUAUAUCACAAACCCCCGAGGUACCUUUUUGCUAUUAUAAACUGGUUACCAACGUAAUUAGAGCAGUAAAAAUAAAUGUUUUGUCACACCCGUGGAAUACCACGGCUGUCAGACAAUCAGCAUUCAGGGCUCGACCCACCCAGUUUAUAAUGCACUAUAAUAACAGUAUUACUACUUAACUAAACUUUAAGAGGCAGGGCAUGUAUUGUACUGUACACUGGAUAUGUACUGGUAACUGUACACACUAGAGCAGAAACAAUGAGCGAACUGGUAGCUGUUUGUGAAUGUAGAGAGGGAGUGGGAUUUGGGUCUCCAGCCAGUUGAAUGGAGCCUUGAAUGGAGGUGCAGAGAGGUAGACAAGAAGUAAUUACAACUCAACUUAAAAAAUUAGUAUUUAAAAAAUAUAUAAUAAUACUUGAGGAAUAUACACUGAGUGUACAAAGCAUUAGGUACACCUGCUCUUUCCAUGACAUAGACUUACCAGGUGAAAGCUAUGAUCCCUUAUUGAUGUCACUUGUUAAAUCCACUUCAAAUAGUGUAGAUGAAGGAGAAGAGACCUGUGGAAUGCUAGAGUCCAUGCCCUGACGAAUUGAGGCUGUUCUGAGGGCAAAAGGGGGUGCAACUCAAUAUUAGGAAGGUGUUCUUAAUGUUUUGUCCACUCAGUGUAUACUUGUACUGUAAGAGUGAAAGCGCUAUGAGAGAAACAGUAGCUGAGAACUGUUUGUGGUGUGGAGAGGGAGUGGGCAGGGAGUUUCCUCAGCCAAUAGAAUGGAGCCUUGAAUGGAGGUGAAGAGAGGUGGACAAGUAAGUAAAGUGUUAAUUUCCUGCCACUAACAGGUAGCCCACUAGCUACCUACAGCUGAAGGAACACUGAGACCAGAGGCUGAGCUAGGGUCCUCUUUUCCUCCUCUCUAUCUCUCUCUACUUCCUCUCUGUCUCUCUCUUUCUUUCCCUUUCCGUCAUUCUCCCUCUCUUUGGGAAGACACACUUUGUUAGACUAACACUUACCAUUCAUGAAAUACUAAGUCAUUUUAUUUACUUACUAACUAACCGUUAUCUAACUAACAACUAACUAAUGUACUAACUAUCAUCCUACAUCAUUGGUUUUUAUUUUGUUUUCCCAUCCCUUAUUAACAACCGUUUUGUUCACUAUUCUUUUGAUUUCCUUUCUUCCCCCUUUUCCGGAAAGCAAUCAGGCAUGGGACACGCUAUGGUAAACAAACUACAUUGUCUGGUAGAUAUCAUUCUAAUUGUCUUUUUUUGGAUUUGCCGUGUGUCCCCCCCCCCCCCCCCCCCCCCCCCCCCCCCCCUCUUCUUUUUCUUUGUAUACUUUGAGUUUCAUCCUAGACACUUCUUAUCAAAAAAUGAGGAAAUGGGUUUGUAUUACCAACAGCUUUCUUCACUUCUCAAUAUCCUCCCCAUCCUUGGCCUCCCAACUUCCCUCCUCCCACACCCACUCCCUCUCCUAUUUUUUCACUCCGGCUUUUUUUUUCUUUUUUUUUUUCUCAUCGCUACAAAGUUCGCAGAAGUUCUACGAGUCUCAAAAGAACCACCAGAUCUGACUUUUGAUAUUUUGUCAGGGAUACAUAAAAAAAUGUUUUUCCACCAAAUAAAAACCUCCACAUUUUUGGUGAGUACUGUCGCCAAGAACUGACAGAAGCUCUGCCACAAACCAAACAAGAAGAGUGACUUAUUCUUCAACUAGCAGCAGCCAAACUGCAGUCCAGACUGUAAAACACCAAACAGAGACAAAAUGGCAUCCAAAAGACAAAAUGGCGACCGUUUCUUUGCUGGAGCUCUGACAGUUGUUUCCAACACACUCAGUCUGGCACAUGGCAUGCCCACCACCGCUCAUAAACGCCCUUUCACCUCCUGACCUGUGGCAUCAUAUGACCUUUACCCUCUCUUUACCCCCUCACCCAUAACCACUAACACUUUAACACGUUCACUCACCUUCCCCCUAUCACUCACUAUCACUGUCCUAUCCCCCCAUCCCGUCCCUGUGUGUUGUGUUUGUAACAUGCUGGUGACAGUGGUGUCUGUGUGUUGUGGCUAACAUUAGUCCCUCCCCCUCCCAAUCCCCUUGACUUGAUUGGUGCAUGAGCCCUGUAUCCCGAUUGGCUUGAUCAUGCUUUGUAUGACAUCGUCAAAUCAUUUAUACCCCUUACAUGUCAAACUUACUUGUGUUUUUAUUAACUUCUGAAAAAUUAAAAACCUUGGUUUGCACAUUUGUGAAGUUGUGUGAUAAUCCUCCCUAUAUAAUGCAUGUGUGUGUAUAAGAGCGAGCGUGCGUGACAGAGAGAGAGCGAGAGAGAGAGAGAGUGUUUGUGUGUGUGUGUGUGUGUGUGUGUUAGUGACUGUUUGUAGUUACAAAUUGAACCCUGAAACCUAAGACAAGUACAAGCAAUUUGUCCUUGGCAAUUUGUCCAUUUUACUAACCCUCCCCCAACCUGAACUAUCCAAACCGAACGAGAAUCCAUUCUCUUACCCCCAUCAAAGAUAAAGAAAAUAUGCCUCUGCUCUGACAUAUUUUCUUUACCUGUCCUGUGAACCCUACCUAUGACUAAAGCAAUUAAAAGAUCCCAAAACGCAGUCUAAUCCAAACUAUCGCUCCAAGGCACCAACGCUACUAGCCCAGAUGAUCUCAAGUGAAUUCCUAACUGAAUGUAAGAAACAACAGAUAUCUAGACACCAAGUCAUAGCAGACCAAGAAGAGAGGUGUAUGUAUCCUAUUGAAUAGAGUGUUUUACCUCAGAGUGUAAUGGUUUGGCUUUGGUAUGCGUUACCCCUAUAACAGGUGACUAUCUCCGUGGAUGGGAUCCUCACCACGACAGGGUAUACCCAGGAAGACUACACCAUGCUGGGGUCUGAUGACUUCUUCUACGUGGGUGGGAGUCCUAGUACGGCUGAUCUGCCUGGUUCUCCCGUCAGCAACAACUUCAUGGGCUGUCUGAAAGAGGUAGGUUUACGUUGGGGGUACACUCACACGUGCGAGCGUGCAAGCACUCACAAACGCAAACAUGCUAGGGUGGUUGUACAGAUGCACACACACGCACAAACACACACACACACAAACACAGCAUCCACAUCCACUUAGCUAGUCAGAGCAGUUGAAUUAAAUAUGUCAAAUCAGCAUGGCUUUCCUCCGCUAAGCAACAGCAGCAGUGAUGACAAAUGAAAUUGCAUUAUCAAUGAAAGCUGCAGAGUUGGCAGACAGAGGAAGAAGUGCUCGGCAGCCAUUCAAUAUUCCUCAGCUUAAUCUAAUUCACAACAUUCACAGCAGUUGUGUGAGAAAAUGGCCCCCAAAAUAGUUCCUGUCAUAUGUCAUUUGCAGACUCAGUUUGACUGUAGUACAGCAGUGGGAUACUGUAAGACUACGCCAGACCUAAUGUUCAAUAACAAGAAAGGGAAUUUUGGUGUGAUAAGGCUAUUAUUAUUAUUAUUAUAAGACACAAUGUAUUGUUGUUGUUUUAGGAUAUUUAAAAUGUACGCUCUGACCUCCUAGGCAUUUUAGGGUUUUAGGGUUUAGAUAAAAUUCCUUCCUCUUCAAAACGUGUCAGCCAUUACUUGUGCUCACAUCACCAUGAUACUGCAUUCUUUAAUUAUUAUUGUUUUACCCCGUUUUUCGUGAUAUCCAAUUACGAUCUUGUCUCACGAAAGGUCGAGUCAUGCAUCCUCCGAAACAUGACCCACCAAACCGCGCUCCUUAACACCGGCAGGCUUAACCCGGAAGCCAGCUGUACCAAUGUGUCGGAGGAAACACCGUUCAACUGACAACCGAAGUCAGCCUGCAGGCACACAGCCCGCCACAUGGAGUCACUAGAGCGCGAUAAGACAAGUAAAUCUCCCCCGGCCAAACCCUCCCCUGCCCGGACGACGAUGGGCCAAAUUGUGCGCCGCCCAAUGGGACUCCCGGUCACGGCCGGUUGUGACACAGCCUGGGAUCGAACCCGGGUCUGUAGUGUCGCAUCAAACACUGUGAUGCAGUGCCUUAGACCACUGCGCCACUCGGGAGGCCGACACAGCACUCUCGCACGUGAAAUGAUGGUGAUCAUCUGGAAUUAAUUGUCUUUGUCCAUUGCACUCUGGGCUGAAAUUAUCUUUAAAUCUGUAUCCUUUUUCUCUUCCUUGGGGCAUCUUUAAUCUAUCAUUCUCCAUCCUCUCAUCUUCAUACAGACAUUUGAUAAACCUGCAAGUGUGGUAUUCAGUUCUCAUUAUCACAAACGCUCCUCUCCCAAAGGACAUCUAUUUACCAUUGAAAGAGAGGAUGGCAAUUGAACCAUUGCAAAGCCAUUUAGCGGAAAAUAAGAGAACUAUUCAGAUGAUAAAAUGGGUUCAUCUUGCUCUCACUCUUCAGAAGGAAGACUAAAGCUACAUCCCAAAAGCCAUAUGGAGCUGGUCAAAAGCAGCACACUAAAUAGGGAAUAGGGUGCCAUUUGGGAUGCAGACGAAGAGAGUCUAAUUGUGUGAUGAUGUGCUGAUUACAGUGAUGUGGAGGAGGUUGACCUUUAGAAUGCUGUAAAUGCCAUCAUUCUGUUCUGUAGGCCAUUGGGUAUUAUGUAACAAGUAGCUAUUUAUAAUGCUAUAAUGAUACAGCAGCAACUAUAUUAUACUUUGAUUAUGAUGUGAAUGUUUAACAGAUGCGUUUAACCAGAGAUCCAUAGUUAAGACUGUACAGUAUUCAGCAUAUUGUACGGACCUCAACCCAACACCUAGCAACCUCAACAGGUUUGGACCGCUUGGCGUAACGGUAAAGGUGUUGGAUGGACAGUCGCUGGACCCCCCCAAAUUUGCUACAAUAUGUUGGGAAUGAAAACCAAGCAAGUGGCCAUGUGGAGUAGCUCGCUAUAAUGAUACAGCGGUACAAUGGAGAUCAGCUAUAUACUACAGUAUAAUAAUUGAAUGUGGUCAUUUAGCGGAAGCUUUUAGCAGAGUAUGGGGAUGCACAGUUUAUACAUACUGUAUAUUCUGUGUAUGUAGGCUAUGGGGGAAUCAAACAACUCUGGUUUUGAAGUACCAUGCUCAAAUCAACUGAGCCAUAGGAUCCUCAGUCUAGUUUUAUCCAAUAUAAACAUAUCCCAAUAAUAAACUCCCAUUUACUGGAUAUAAAAUCCAAGUGCCACAGUGUGACUUUUAAACAGGCUAUCGUUGUCCCCUCUACGAGAAACCUUGGAGUAAUUGUACCAGUGGCUGAGUGUCAUUAGGAAGCUAAAGGAAAGGGUACAACCAUAUUAGGAGCGUCCUGGUAAUGAGGGGAGGAGUUGGAACGCUCAGUCAAACCGAUAAGACUAGAGACAAGGUGACUUUACUCUGUGUGUGUUGACUGGGCAGGAGGUAGGGAUCUCAGUAUGAGGGGCAGGGUGUGAGGGAGGCGUUCUGCCUGUCCAAAUAAUCACCCAAAUUAGUGUCUUUGUUCAGCUGGGUCAAGGGCAGGCCCAGCAUCGAGAGGUGACUGUCAGAGCCCAGCCUGGCAGACCUUAAAUGGGCAAUCUGCAGUUCGAACAAUAAGCAUUACCCCGCCACUGAUUUGGUAAACAUCUGAGUGAUGGGACUGGAGAAAUGUAACCACUCAGAGCUAUUGAUACAGGGACUGACCAUCCAUGAUCUCAAUAUUGUUGAGGCUAUACAGUGUUUUGCAUUUACAAAUGAGUGAAAUAAGCUCAUGAGGUUUGAUUGGGUGCGACAGUUGAAAUUAGCUGAGGAAUUUAAGUUAUUUGUUUAAAAAUGGAUAUAGCAACUGCUCCUUUAACAUUCUGUAGCAGAGAGCAACGGGACAGUAGGACACAGUCCACUUAUACCUCUGAAAUGACCGUGCCUGCUUAGAAUGUUAGAUACUUUAAGGCACUAGUUGGGAGAAAUGUCAUUACCUUAUAUCAGGACAUUAUCCUCUAACACUUCCAUGCAAAUUGUACAGUUGGCUAACCUCCUGGAUGCAUUUUCAGCAUCUGUAUCAGCAAAGUAAAGCUGUCCAGGGGCAGCCUGGCAUGUCAGGCAAAUGCCAGAUGGGCUGGUCCAUUUUUAGCCCAGUGAGCCUGUCUAACUUGUUUUGUGCACAAAACCAUUCUGGUUAAUGAGUAGAGGAAAAAAUUAAAGGGCCAGUGUUAAAAAUACCAGUGCCAAUUUCUGGUUCGUCAGACCCUAUAUAUAGCGCUGGCAUAACCAGAGUUCUUCACAUUGCAAGCCCAAUUUUCCUAGGAAUUCCCUGUAACUUGAUCAGGAACCUUGGGACUUGUGAACCAGAGUCACAUUAAGCCAGGACUGGAUAUUCAGAUCAUGGAUCUGAAGAGUUGGGCUAGCAUUGAAUCUGCACUCAACAUAUUUUACCUGUACAUAACCCCCACACCAAAGGAGAUGAUCCUAAAGCAGGCAUUCACAUUAACAAAUUAAGGCAAUAUUUUAGAUUACUCUAGCAUAUAGUGCAUAACGGUAAAAACUGAAACUCGUUGUCAAAGAAGCUUUAAAUAAUUUAUUUCACAAGGUUAACAGUCCUCUUUGGUUGACCUUGUUCUUUUGAGAUAUCUGAUUGAGCAGGUCUCCUUAGUGUUUGGUGGCCUCUUCACAGGUUGUGCACCUCAUCAGGAGCAGAUGGUGCGGAGGUCAUUUGGUAGUUCUCGGGUCAACCUUGUGUAGGACUUCAGGACUUGAAUCACCACCCUCCGUGAGUUGGUGAGCUGCUGCUUGGAGCUAGACUAAGUGGCCACCACAGCAACACCUUCCAGUUCUGUAAACAGAAAAGUGUUAGUGGACUGGGAACAUUUCAUAACUGCUUUGUGAAACCACAAAAGCUCUGAUAUGUGAUAGUGACACUUGCAGGUUGACAUUUAUUGGGACGAGUCUUGUCCUGGAGGGAAAACUGAGCGAUUUCCACUAGAUGUGCCAGCUGCAAAGUCAAAAUUGACUACAUAGUAAAACUUAAAUGAACCAAAAGCAGCUUUUUGGUCUUAAUUUAAAGGUUAGGCAUUAGGUUUAAGAGCAUAUUUCAUGAUUUGGGCUGUGACAGCUAGUGACCACUCUGCAGAGCGGAGUCAUCCCAAAAAACGCUAACCUGCUUGCUAAAUAGUGUAAUGUGCAGGUUCCUUCCCUCUAAAAACAAUACCAUGAUCCCAUGCAUACCUUUACCAUGGGUUCCAAUGUUAAACCGAUCCUUGUCAUGCUUCUCGUCGCCUAGAUCUUCAAUCAGACCCUCUUUCUCUGUGGUAAUCUUUGCUCCAAUGGGCUCCAGCUCUGAGAACAGACCAUUUAGCACAGAGCCUAUAUGCAGUUAUUAUACAUGCAAACCAGUAAAGAAUGUAAUUACCUCUUUGGCCAAUCAGUUCUUUCUGCCUGAUGAAGCCAUCAUAUGUUGCAGAGCUAACGAAACCAUGCUUGUUGGGUCCAACCUUCAGGCCCAAAGGACUACCCGCAUUUUCAGAUUGGCCGAAAUAAGGUCCUGGAAUUAAAUGUAACAGAUUAACACAGCUAGCCUGUAUAGAUAUGAAAAUACAAUUAUCCAAAAUGGCACCCUAUAGUGCACUACUUUUGACUAGCGCCUCAUGGGCUGGGCAAUAGGCUAGACAUCACGGUUGCCUUCUACAAUUCAAAUUUACUGGCUUAACUGGUCUGUAAGUAAUACAUCAGUUUGGCAUAGAGGAAGUAACUGCCUUAUCCGCUUGAAUAAAAAAACAAUAGUUAGCAAGAUGGAGCAGAGGUUAUUUUUAAUUAGUGCAUUUCACAGGUGGCUAGUUUGCAUUAACUACAGUCACUAAAACCACUGCAAAGGUAUUGCCUGCUAAAUGUGGUUUCAAAUCGAGACUGGCAUGUCUGCCUUGUGAUUUGUUGAGUCAUCCGUCUGAAAAUGUCCCUCAUCGAAGUUGCCGAAAGUGUCAGUCAAUUAACUAGACCCUAGUCACUGUUGCCUAGGGUCAGGUUUUCAAAACACUGGUCAAAGGUUGUGCACUACAUAAGACAGUCAAAGAACCUCUCUUGAAGGCCAUUCCACUCUUCCAACGACUGCCAGGUGAUACAGGCCUCGCGUCUCUUGUAGCGGAGGGGAAGCCAUUUAUAUGGACACCUUCCUUCGUGCGUGGAGAUAGAGGUGUACUCUUUUGUUGGGUUGGGAAGACCAUCAUGGGGCCCAAAGAAGCAUCCUGUUCCAACACUAAAAUUACAUUGUCAUUAAACACAUGCAAGGCAAACUUCUCACCAACACACUUGCAGUCAAGACACUUUCAAUUAGUCUUUCCUCAAUUCCUUGCAUCCCAUCAGCCAUAUUGGAGCAGAAGGUCCCUCCCCUCAGACCCUAUUCUGCAAUGCAUUUUGAGAAGAAUACAGGGAUUAGGAUGCCAAAUAUACCCUUCUUGGCUUUCAUCCCACGCCAACGGUCACCAGAGGCUGGGGGUUUGCUGCGGUAACCACGAGGUUCAGGUCGGCUACUGCCCAAUCUGUCACCGAGGGGACGUUGUGCUGGAGCAACCCACUUCUGGCUCGUCAGACUUGGACAACGGCCACAUAGCAAAUCAUUCUCGUCGGCAGACUUCCACCUGAAAUGGAUGAAAGAUUGACUAAUGUACCAAGUACACCAUUUUAACAAAUACUAUGGUAUGCCAGUGGAUAGGUCACAGCCCACUAAGCGUAGCUAAGUCAGAUCUCAGACCUGCCAUCGAUGAAGGAGCAUGCCUUGUUGCUAGGCUCUGCAUGGUCCAUGACAGGGACUGCAAUAAGGUGGCAUGUGAUGUACAGCUGUAAAAACAAAGAUAAAGUCAUUAUGUAGGCUACUGUGAUGCUGAAAGUUAUUUUACUGUAGCAUCAUGUUCCAACUGCAGUACCCAUAAUGCACUCUACAACAUCACUGGUUUUAAAAAAUUGCCCUCACCUCUGCCCUAUCCUCUUGGUGGAACCUAAAGGCAUCAAUGUGGAAUCGGAGCUUGUCGUCCUGGGUUCUACGCAUGAACCUAGAGUUGGAGCCAGGCAACUGGGAAUCCAUCAAGCACCUGGAUGGGAGAUAAUAUAAAAUGCAUAUUGAGGUAUUAGUUCAACUUCCUUGGUACCAAACAAAUAACCCUCCAAGCGCCAUUUGGGGAAAAUAUGCUCAUAUAGGGACAACUGGAGAACACUCAUUCUAGGUAGGCACUUUAGGUUACUAGGACAUUUCCUCACCCAUCAUUCUCAAUGAAGACGUAUCUGGGGACAGAGUUCCAGUCAGGGUCCAGUGUUGCCACGCAGCUGCUAACAAAGACCCUGAGCCUGCUGUGGUGCGCGAGCCUGACAGACACCUCCACGUUGAUGGGAUCACCCAUGAAGUAG